AACACCAAAAUAUCAAAUUAGGGUAUGUUGUAUCCAUAUCCCUUUAUGAUGGCUCUCCUGAUUCUCUUUCACCAAUCCACUUCUUUCUUUCUUCUCUCUCCUCCCUCCCCCUUUCCUUUGGGGAGGGCCAAGGAGUCAGUAUACAGAGUAUACAUACAGUGAGCUGCGCUAUAGCGCCUCGCUGUAGUUCCCGUAUAUGUAUCACGCCAAGCUAUACAUGAAGGGAAAGGUGCAUAAAAGAGCUACAAUCCACAUGAAUAAAGAUCAAACUCGGAACUCGGCCCUUGCCCAUCUCUGGGAUUCUCGUAUCUCUUUUAGUCUUGGAGUACUUUCAGAUUCAUGACAUAAGAGUCCGAAAGUAAGCCGUAUUGGGCAAUCCUUUGCUUCGUCAUUCACGUCAGAUAAUCAACGUGUCUGAAUCCUUUUUCACGCGUACGAUACAUUUAUGGAUAUAGCUCAAUAUAGUAUUCUUAUCCUGUGUGUGCUAUCGCAAAUAGUGGAUUAUAUCUGAAACUAAUGCAGAGCGCAAGCAUGUCGCUAGCCGCCUAGCAUCGGCUCAUUGAGCUUGCACGCACCGUUCGAUGUUUGCUUUCUACUCAGCUACACACACAGAGUACUGCACUUUGUUGAUACGGGGAUUUCUUGAUACUGCGCAUGCGCCAUGACGUAUUUCAUCAAUAUGCAUGAGUCGUAAUGAAUAUGCAUGAUUCGAACGGUGUUCUAAUAUCAAUUUAUUUUUUAACCCGAGAGGGCGUCAAUAAGAAAGUUCAAACUUUUAUCGUUUAACCGACAUUUGUUAUAAUAUAUGUUUCACCCCUCAAUAUCAUGAGAAUAUAAAAGUUAUGCAAGUUUCUUUUCCGUGAUAAAAUAGAGCAAUAAUAUAGGUAUUUAAUGAAUGUAAUAAUUUCAAAAUUGAUUCAUUGCCCUUGUCUGAGAUCAACCAAUCAUACACUAUACCUUUAAGGGACCAUCUCAUGAAAGUUGUCAGCAUUGACUAAAUUGUUAGAUCUGACAUUCUCAGUGAAACCCUACAUUCUGAUUCUGAUCUGCCAAUCAAAACUGGUCUUGGACUGUUUCUGUUGUCAGGAGAAUAACACAUUAUCAGUGCUGCCAAUCUUCAUGAAACUGGCCUGUCCAACAAAAACCGCCUUUUCCGUAAUCACCUCUUUCCUUUCAUCCUUGAGUGGUCUUGAUAAACAGGUUUCUGUUUCAUCUACAGAGGACACCCUUGUCCAUGAGUUCUCUAGUCUGUGUCUGGCCAACAUGGCCCAGGAGUACUCCAGCAAGGUCCAGAUCAUGGAACUAGGAGGUCUGGACCCCCUGAUAGCACUCCUCUCUGACCCUGAUCCCGAUGUCACCAAGAACACAGUGGAAGCAGUAUCUCUCUUGCUUCAGGAUUAUCAAAGCAGAGCAGCAAUAAGAGAUGCUCGUGGUCUGGAACCCCUUCUGGAACUCUUGAAGUCGGACUACCCGGUGAUCCAGGAGCUUGCUCUACAGAGCUUGACCCUUUCUACUCAAGAUGCAGAGAACAGAGAAGCACUAAGAGAACUAGAGGGAUUGGAAAGACUGGUCGACUUUGUUGGUACAAAAGAGUUUGAAGACCUUCAUGUCCAUGCCCUGAAUGUUCUUUCUAAUUGUUUGGAAGACAUCGAGAGUAUGGAACUCAUUCAAACCACUGGAGGUCUUCAGAAGCUCCUAGCCUUCGCCGCAGAGUCUGAGAAAUCAGAGGUCCAGGAGAAUGCCUCAAAGGCCAUAGCGAGGGCUGCGAGGAAUCCUGAGAACUGCAAGAUAUUUCAUGAGCAAGAGGGAGAGAAGACGUUGGUUUGUCUCCUCGAGGUUGAUAGCGCACCAGUCCAAGCCGCUACAGCACAGGCCCUAGCCAUCAUGGCAGAGAGCGCCCUCUGUAGACAGACGAUUGCUGAAUAUGAUGGCAUAGCACCUCUUGUCAAACUGCUCGGCAGUGAAAACGGAGAUGUCGCUGAGAACGGCUCCCUCGCUCUGGCCAACCUCACAUCUGCUACCGUCCAAAACUGUGUGGAGCUCGCUGAACGCAAUGGCAUCGAGCCCCUUAUCGGUCUCUUAAACUCAUCAAGAGAGGGCGCCCAAGCCAAUGCAGCUCAGGUCUUGACCAACAUGGCGACGGAUGAAAUAUUGAGGGCGGACAUCCAGUCUAGAGGAAUUGUUGGAGCUCUUCUCACACCCCUACAUUCCAGCAAUGCCACUGUUCAAACUAAGGCAGCCAUGGCACUGGCUGCCUUUGUCUGUGAUACAGAAUCAAGAAACCAGUUGAGAGGGCUAGGUGGUUUAGGUCCGUUGUUGAAGCUUCUUCAGUCCAGUAAUGAUGACGUGCGACGAGCUGCAUCUUGGGCCUUGGUUGUCUGCGCUAGUGAUCCCGUCAUUGCCACAGAACUCUGCAAGCUCGGUGGAUUGGACACCUUAAAAGAGAUCCAGCAGUCAUCGACCCGAAAGAAUGGUUUCAGUGACGUGGCCCUGGAGAGAUUGCUAGACAGUAUGCUACCAGCCAAAUACAGCUUAAUGGGGUUCCUGGGACCUAAUGAUAUCGUCUGUGAUGGCUUCUAUGAUGCCGGCAAGAUCCGACCAGAAUCCAAAUUUGCAACCUUGGAGGAAUUGAGCGAGCAGGAGGUCAAUCAGAAGAAGCCGAUCUUACUUGUCAAUUGUGGAGCUUCUAAGAGCCCACCUGUCACUCCUGCACCCACAAUCCCGUCAGAACUAGACGUCAAACAGGAAUCCAAGUCCAACAUCAGAUCGUCAAAAUCGUCCGUCAAAGGGUCAAAGAGAGAGAGCAAGAAGGAACGCGAGGAGAGAGAGCUUCGCGAGAGACUAGAAGCCGAGAGAUUAGCCGAGCAGCAGGCCUUGCUCUCCCAGCAGCCACCUCAGUACGAGGCUCCUGCCGAUCCGGUCUUUGAAGGUUGCAUCAGCGACAUGCUCAAUGAUGUCAGCUGUCUUCCGACGACAAGAGAACAGGUCAUCACCAUUGCGCAGUACGUCAGCAACAAGAUGGGUGGACCGAUCGAGAAGGGAGAGAUGGCUAACUUCAGCUACGAGCUGAGCCUUAGUCAACUGAAGUACGAACUGAAGAGCAAUAUCAUCCCUAUUGGUCGGAUCGAUCGGGGUAUCCAUUGCCACAGAGCUCUGCUCUUUAAGGCCCUCGCUGAUCGGAUUGGUGUAUCGUGUUCGUUGGUGAGAGGCAACUAUAACAGAGCUUGGAAUGAAGUUAUGCUCACAGACGAAGAAGACUUGCAAGAGAAUCCCAAGUUUCCUCCCAAGGCCUACAUCGUUGACCUUGUCCACCAACCUGGAAGAUUGAUGCGUUCAGACUCCAAUGAUGCAGUUAAUUAUCAAAAGAUUUGAAACGAUUAAUGUCAGUACCCUUUAUGUGUUAUCUUACCCAAUAGACUGAUGCAUUCAGACUUGAAAGGCAGUUUAUUAUCAAAAGAUUUGAAAUGAUAAUGCGAACGUCAUUGGUCUUUAUGUUUAAUCCUGCCUGGAAGACUGCUACGUUCAGACUCUAAUUGCAGUCUUUGCUUUUCAUGCAUGCACAAUUGAAUUUACAUGUAUUUUGAAAUCAAAUAUAUCUCUAUAUUUAUUAUUAUUAUUAUACGAACAGAUUCUAUGUCAGUUUUGAGAUGAUUAGUAGUAUUUAAGAGUAAUUAAGAGAUAUUUUUUUUGCAAUGAUCACAUCCAUUAUUUAUGUGUGAUAUCCAUAGUUGUGUUUAUGAUGAUUGUUCUGUUCUUCAGAAUUGAUCUGAAUAUCUUUUACAAAUUUUAUCAAAACUACUCCACAUCUGUGGCCAUCCUGCCAGCGAUCUUCCGUCCUUAUAGCUAUUGUGUAUAGUGUCUUAUUAUAGUUGUAAUCUAUGAAAGAACAUUGUGAAUUUAUAUGCAUUUUGUGGCUUUGCUCAGAAAAAUAAUGCCCAUGAACUGUAACUUUUUGUAAACUCCAAAAUAAGUGACUAUUGUGUGACAAUGAAGACUAUACAUGUAGUACAUAUUAAUAUGUAGGUCAAUUCGAUAAAAAGAACUGUGUUUUCAAGAUGACAACCUCCGUCCAUAGUAGCUUCACUUUCAUUUGUAUGCAAAUUCUUUAUCUAGGUAAUUAUGAAAUGGUUUAUAUUUCACAUAAUCCAAAUGAAUUUUGAUAUAAUUAUUUGUUCAGAGUCAUGCAUACCUCGAAAACUCAGCAAUAUUGAAAGCGUAUGCACACUGUUAAUACUGCUGUAUAGUGAUAUUCCUUUCUGUUUGGAGUAAUUUUCAACAUUCUAUUCAGAUUUUUUCCUAUCCCCCCCCUCAGUCGGUUAGAGCGCAUGUUUCGGAUAAGAUCGUAGAUCUCAACGUGAGGGGUUCGAGUCCCGCUCAUGCCGAAACGCGUCUAACAAAAAAUCUGAUGCUAUAGCGUUGUGUGUAAGCGUGCCUCACCACUGUAUUCAGUGCAGGUGUGAAUGCAGUUGGAAAACACUCCGUCCAUCGGGAAGGACGCAAAUGUUGGUCCCUUGUAAAGGAGAGUCACAACCUAUGCACGUUAAAACCAAUACACUAUUCGUCAAAGAGUAGGGUGUUCACCCGGUGUAUUGCACCUGUCGGUCCCCGGUACUACAAUACUGCAAGAAUCUUCAGGAUUGAAGGAGGCAGUCAGUGUAGCUUGAAACCUACAGAGAACUAGUAUUAAGGGAUUAAUUGUAUAUUUGAUUUGUAUGCUUGAUUGCAUGCAAUUAUCAAUGUAAUCAAUCAUAAAAAUCAACUCUUCAGAUCAAAUACCAAGCCUUGCGUUACAUGGCCCAGGAGCUGAUACCAUUCAGGUUGACCCUGGGAUGUACAUGUUUCUGAAGCAUGAGGGCGCUCUUCCUUUUCAUAAAGAUAAUUGAGGGGAAUGAAAUGUUUGUUCCAAGGAGAGUGCAUUUCUGUCAAUAUGAAACAAUCUAAUCAUAAUAACCUCACCUUUUUCAUCUGUACUUUACAUUUUCCAUAUUAUAAGUUGAAUUAUGCUGUAAACAAAUUCACAGAGGUUUGGUAUUUUAAGCUUCUUAUUUUGUUGAAGGGUACAUCCAAACAUGAUAUAAUCCAAAUAUUUCCUUCCAUUAUACACUCGGCUUUGCUUAACCUUUCUCAUGAUUUAAUUCAAAUACAUUUAAUUUCCCUUCAGAUUUAGGCAAAUCAUAUUAGAAUAAAGGAAAAUGUAUGUUCAUAUGAUAAUUAUAUAUAUGUUUGUAUAUAUGUAUGCACCUUGAGAAGUAAUAAAAUAUAUUGUACAAAGUUUAAAA